UUCCCCGUGUGUUUUAGUGCUGUCCAUCAAAAAAUUAUAAGCUGUGGAAUUCACAGGAACUCUUCUUAUUGGCAGCCAAUAUGGGAAAUCACUUAGGAUUGGAUACAGCUGGAGAGGAGUUCUUGGGAAACCCUCUUCCUCCCCCUUAUAGUACAUUUUAUGUAAACUGAAAAUACUAGUAAUGUUACAGUGCAGCAACUGUGAAGAAUAAGAGCAGGAUUUAACCAGAAAAACUGGCUGUUAUACAACAGUACACUACUGUAGGUAUUUAAACGGCUACUACAAGGAGAGUCUUUGUAGAACAUAAUCCUGCAGAUUUCUUUCGGUGGAUACUAAAUUAAUCAUUUAAGACUUUUUACAGUGUUUUGCCAAUUAAAUUGAAUAAAUAGCUAUCAGGACGUUCAAUUACAGGACUCUGCAGACUCCAAACACAAAACAGGGCAGCAGUCUCCUGGUCAUGGCAGAUCAGACAGUCUCUGCAAGUAACCCUUUAUGUCUGUCAUUCUCCGGCAGUGGGUUUUUAUCUUUGUAUCAGAUUGGAGCAGUAAAAGCACUUCUAGAACUGGCCCCUGAGCUAUUGAAGUUGGCUCCUAAGGUUUACGGAGCCUCAGCUGGAUCUCUUGUUGCAGCAGCAGUAGUCUUCAACGUGGACCUAGAUGAGCUGAGAAACAUAAUAUGUGACGCAGCAAGUGAAGCAAGGAAAAGCAUACUUGGGCCAUUUCUACCAAGCUUUAAUUUACUCACAAUUUUACGAAAGGCAAUGAAAGACUUUUUACCUGACAAUGCAGCUCAGCUCGCAACAGGAAGACUCCAUGUAGCUCUUACACGACUGUCAGAUGGGAAAACUAUAUUGGUGUCUGAUUUCAAGUCUAAGGAUGAGGUCAUACAGGCUUUGAUCUGCAGUUGCUUUGUUCCUUUCUACUGCGGGAUGGUACCACCUUCAUACCGGGGAGUGAGAUAUAUUGAUGGUGGAUUUACAAACUUCCAACCACUUUAUGAUUUACAAUCGAUGAUAACCAUAUCUCCGUACACGGGAGAGAUUGACAUUUGUCCCCGAGAUUGUCCUGUCAGCCACUUAUGUUUUGAGAUUUGUAAUACCAGUUUCCAGCUUUCAGUACAGAAUCUGUCCAGAGUGAGCUAUGCUUUAUUCCCACCCUCAUCGUAUAUACUGGACGAGUUUUACUGGCAGGGUUAUGAAGAUGCCAUUGUUUACCUUAGGACAAAUGGAAAAUACAAUAUACACCAUGAGGAUCCAAGUACUAUCACAUUUGUCUCAAAAUUUAAAGAGCCUAAAAGAUGAAAAAAGUUUAAAGUAAAUGGAAGAUUUAUAUAGAUAUGCUUUUGUUUAGAUAAGGAAUAUGCAAAGCAGAAGACUGCGCUGAGAAAUAAGGUACAUUGGACUUGCAUAUCAGAAGCUGAUAUAAUGUAUUGAGAGACCUGCAGAUGCUAUUGUAUGUUCCCUUCCCAAACCAGAAAUGGAACUGCAGUAUACUUAUGGCAUUUUCUGGUCCAUUGCCAUUAUAUUUAUAUGGGGCUAUAUCAAUGUGACCUUAAAGUACAGUGUCUGAAAUUUUGUAAUCUUUUAACACUUACUUGAAAGUGGAACUAAAGACAAUCAGAGCCUUAUAGAGAGAGGAAGGGCCUGGGUACUGUAGGGGGCAUGGCCAAAUCCGGAUGGCAUGGCCACAUCCCAUCCCAAACUUUUUAUUGUAUUUUUAAAUACUAUUUAAAAAUAGUAUUCCAUAGUAUAAUUUCCAGUAAAUCCUUCAAUGUCCACGGUAUGUAUAAUACAGUAUUUGCCAGGUCUGCCACCUGUCAUCAAAAGAUGUAAAAAAAAUAAACUCAGAAGAAAACCAAAUUUAUACCCUUUUCAGACAUUUCACCUUGGAAUAUGCAGCAGCCAGCAAAUUCCCGGGUAUCAGCUUCGUGGACUUGGGUUGUGUCCUUUCAAACAUGCAGAAAUCCUGUGUUGAUGAUUGAUUAAUGAUUAACAUGUAUAAACCCGGGAUUUAUCUGCAUGUAUGAAAGGGGUAUUAAUGUGUUCUAUAUUUAUUAAA